AUGGUGAAUAAAAAGCUGAAGGUAUUAUUUGUGCCGAUCUCCGGUGUCGGUCACGUCAAUGCCUGUAUCAGUAUUGCCGAGACGUUGAUAGACAGAGGACACGACGUGUGGUUUACGGUCAACGGCUUUUGGUCGGGAAAACUGACCAAAUAUGGCGUCAAAGAAGUAUUGCUCGACAAAUCCGACUCACCAAUGGAUGCGGACAAUAUGGCCGAAGUGGCCAAACAUAUGGUCACUUCGGGCAAGAUUGGAGGCGAAUCGGCCCUUCAGAAAGCCCGGAGUCGGGGCACUACUAUUGAGUUGAAGAUGAAAUACAUACAGUAUUUAGACGAACAGCUCGAGCGCCUGUUGCCCGCCAUUCGGCCGGACGUCAUAAUUGUGGAUCAGUUCAUGACAUUGCCAUCAGUGGAGUUGUCGGGCAUACCGUGUGUCUGGUCCUGGAGUGCCGGACCACUCGUGAUGGUCGACGAUGAGAGGGCACCGCCCGCAGCAUCAGGUAUGUAA